AGCGCUGUGUGCUUGUCUCGUGCGCCUUUUCGUUUGUGUUGAUUUUGAGCAUGGUCGUUAUUAGCUUUAGCUGUUUAGCUCUGCUGUAGUGAGUAUAGGUAGUUUAUAUAGUCGGGUGAAGGAGAGAACCUUGUUUAAACGAUGUGAAGUAGUCAGCUGCCGCUGAACUGCAGCUUUACAGUCGCUGUUUGUUAUUUUUUAGAAGCUGCUUCACACAAAGCGAGUCGCGUUGGAACUGAGGGUCUCCCUCUCACACACAGACAGACAGAAAGACCCCCAUACACAGGGCUAACACGACUCUAGAUGUGAGGUAGCCAAGACUGUACAGCUGAAGAUUGCCUCUUAAGAAAGCAAUGGCGUUCAGGAGAGACAGGAAUCUCCGUGAGAUGUAUGAAGAACGAUUCCAUCCAGAACGACCUGGCCAGUAUCAGAGAGCAGCUGGAGGGGAAAGGAGACCGGGUUUUGGACGUCCUGAUGAUGACUAUGGCCGAGGUUUUGACUACGAUGGUCCUCGCUUUUACCCAAAUGGUGCCCCCAGAAACUACCAUGGUGAAGAUCAGAGGGGUUUUCAUGGUGACAGCCAUCACUCUUUUGGCAAUGAACCGAGAGGCGGUCCACCUGGUCGGAGGCAGGAGGACUACCCUUAUUACAGAGGACCCAGAGAGGAGCCUCACUCAGGACGCCAAGUGGAUUUCAGAGGUAAUACUCGAGCAGGCCCUCCUCCCAACGCUCGAGCCCAGGGCUCUUACCCUGCACCCAGACCCCUGUCGGCUCUUGGCCCUGAACAAGGAGACGACUCGCUAUUACAGGCCAUUAUGAACCUGGACCGUGGGGAGGAAAGGGAAGGUAUGCGCCGUAAACCACCUUUUCCACCAGUGCGGGAGCGUUCCCCUGUCCGUCGGGAUGUUCCCCCUUCCCCGCGCUCUGGAUCCAGCAUCAGCAGCCGAAGCUAUUCCCCAGACAGGAGCAAGACCCACCCGUAUCAGCCUCUCCAGGGAAAAAACCGGGACAGAGCCCCAGGGCCCUUGGUGAGCGCAUCCCGAGAUGGAUCACCUCACAGCUCUGUGUCAGCCUCCAAGGAGGAGAUGCCAGUGACUGAGGGUCCGACAGAUGAACCUUUGCCUGCUACAGAAGAGGUUUCCACUGUUUCAGACGAAUUCCAUGAGCGGCGAUCUCAAGCCAUCGCAGCCAAAGCCCGGGAGAUCGAGAAGGUGUAUCGUCAGGACUGUGAGACGUUUGGGAUGGUGGUCAAGAUGCUGGUGGCCAAGGAGCCCAGUCUGGAGAAGCACCUGCAGACGCCUCUGAAGGAGAACCUGAGUGAGAUUCGUGAGCGCUGCCUCGAGGACCUGAGACACUUCAUCUCAGAACUGGACGAAGUGGUACGACAGCCAGAAUCCAGCGCUUGAGUCGGGAGCAGUGCGUCUGAGAACCGAGAACAUUAAGGACUGUGAUCUGGAGAUUUGGGAAUCCACAAUUUACUUUAUUGUAAGAUAGAGAUGUGUAACGGUUUGGGACGUCAUCAUCUCUGUUCAUCACUAAAGAUGAGUUGUUUGUCUUUCAUAUGAAGAUGUUAAUGCACUGUGACUGGUGCAAGAUACAGUUAGUUCACUGAGAAGAAGAAGAUAACGAAGACAUUAUCAAACCAAUAGACUGGAUUGGAUGCAUUUAAAAACUGACAGUAAAAUUACAUGUUUUGUUUUCUUGAUAUAAAAUCGCUGACCCUGUUUACACCUGGUCACUUGAUGAGCCUUGAGUAUCAGGAUUAUAAUAUCUGAAUAAUACCAAACUCUACUGCAUGGUAAUGCAAGUGUAAAUGCACUAAUACACAUUUAAAACAGCAACAUUAAAAAAAUCAGACUUCAGAGUGGCAGAGUAAAGUGUAAAUAUGCAUGUGGCAAAACUGUGAUCAGGAUAUAAUCCAGAUACCUGAAGUGAGCAGGUGUAAACAGAGAGAGUGUACUGAAAGGGUCAGGUGUUGUUCUGUUGAUGUUUUUGAUGAUUAGGCAUCAUCAGUAUUGGAUGUGUAUUACUUAAGAAGAUUGUUCAGGCAGCUCUGGCAGGCAUUUUCUGAAAGCUAUUGAAGCAAAGUACCUGGGGUGCUUCAUUCAUUUGUGCAGCACCACCAUGUCUAAAAAAAGUUAUGCGUUAAAUUAAGAU